AUGCUCUAUAAACAAGCUUUACUCAUUGGUAAUGAUCAAUAUUCGGGUGAAAAUGCUCGUUUAAAAUCAUGUGUGUACGAUACCAAGACCAUGACUAAUUCAUUACGAUCUAUUGGUUUUCAUACGACACCUGCCAUAGACCUACGUAACGACGAAAUGGAACAGAUUACAGAUCGAUUUACUGCCUCUAUACAAGAGGGUGCUAUCGCUCUUUUCUACUUCUCUGGUCAUGGUGCUCAACUGAAUGGAAAAAACUUACUACUGUCCAUAGAUUCCGACGGGCUUACUGGUCUUAAUGCUCAGAUUUUACUCCAAAAGAUGCAUCAAAGAAAGCCACGAGUGAUCAUUUUCGUACUGGAUUGUUGCCGUAGCCGUAUAGAAAUUCCGUAUACAUUGCUGAGAGGUGCACUUUUUGAUCAACGACCGAGAUUGAGAGAUGGUCUUGCGGCUAUGGGAGGACCACCAUCGACAAUCAUCGCUUUUUCCUGUGCAGCAGAUUCCACAUCGUUGGCAUCUUCGUCAGAUCGUCCAAACAGCAUAUAUACACAUCAUCUACUUAAAUAUAUUACGACACCAAAUGUCGAUAUUGACAUUCUACUAAAAUAUACGGCCAUGGAUGUUCAACGAGACUCAUUGAACAAACAACUGCCAUUUAUUUAUUCAAAUUGUAAUGAAUCUAUUUGUCUCAAUAGUAAUCCAUGGCCUAUGAUGUCUGUUUGGCCCGGUGUCAAUCAAUUUAAUCCUUUAGCGGUAAAAUCGAUUCAAUACCCAAAUUGGGAUCAGCAUGUCAAUCACACGGCCAGGCUUCAAACGGGAAUUCUUCCAUCGUAUUACGCUACAUAUUACAGAUUGGGAAAUUAUCAGUAUCCAGUGUUUGGUAAUUCGUGGUAUGACAUGAUGCGAUUUUCCUAUUCACUUCCGCGAUACUAA